CGGUAAUGCAGGGCUCUAUGCGGUAUUUUGAAAGAGUUGUCAAAGUGAAAUAUGGCCGAAGUUGAGCUGUCCCAUGUGCUCAAAGAUCUCCCAUAUAAGGUGCAAACGGCAAGUUUAAAAGAGCGAAAAGAGGUUAUAGGAAAUGUCAUUAAUGUUUUGUCGAGUCCCGAUAUCGGGGAGAACGUUGUGAAGGGCAUUUGCAGGCUGUUGCAUUUAACUUUAUUCAGAUACAGAGACAGUUUUUCACAAGUUCUUGUCAGAAAUCUAAUUCAGGUUCUAUUGGAGAAACAUUCCUCAGUUUCUGUAAAAUGUCUCACUGCCGUUUUGGAGGAUAUAUCCUCGCAACUAAAAAAUAUAGUUGCCACUCAAAGCACAUGUCAGACUGCUCAGUAUGCUUUACAAUGGUCCACAAUAGUAUUUAGUGUUGGCUGGAAACAUAACUCAGCUGCUGUACAAAAUGAGUUGAAAAGGAUUGUGGAAAUACAGUCAAUUUUAUUGAUGGCUGUACACAGUGCCGGAAAUGGUAAAAGAUCGUCUAAAGCUCAAACUUUGCUGAGUAAUUCUUGGUCCUCAGUACCAGAAAGUGAGAAAAUGUAUCUGGAACAGUUAAAAAAUGUUGAGCAAAAUCAAACUGUUUGUAUUAUGGCCUCAGCUAUCAUUAAAAGACUAAGUUUUAUUGGAAAUAAACCUGUUUUUGAGAGUUAUAUGGAAUAUUUUCUGGAUACUUUAAUCAAAAAUUUGAUUAGCUGCAAAACAAGACCCUCUGAAAACAUAAUAAAAUCGUGUUACCCACUGUUGGAACAAAUGAACAACGACCAAUUCAAAACUUUGCUUUUACCGGCAAUACAAAAAUCGAUGUUGAGAAAUCCUGAGGUUAUUUUGAAAUGUGUUGGGCUCAUUAUCACUGGUUGUAAGAUUGAUAUGAGUCCUUAUGCAUUGGACAUUGGAAACAGUUUGAUAGCAAAUUUGCAUUCCAAAGAUGAUAAAGCCAGAAAAGAGUCAGCAGAUUCUUUAAAGUGUUUGGCUGAAAAAAUCAAAGAAAGUAAAGCAAUUGAAAAUUUGCUUGACAAAGUUUUCAAGGUUUUUAACGGUUCUGAUGGGAAACUUACUGUGGCUGAGCACAAAAUAAGCGUGCUUGAAGGUGCUGGAAACCUAAGCUACAACAAUGUGCCAAAUCCUCAGCUGCAAAAUUUAAUCGCCAUAGCUUCUGAUAGUUUCAUCAAAGUUCUGGAAAUUGAAGUUCAUGAAAAAACUUUGUGCAGCACUUUAACCAUGUUAACUCUGUGGACUUUAAAGCUGACCAAUGAAGUACCCAAGAAAAUCCUUGAUGGACUUAAGAACGGCAUGAAUCUGAAGACCUCUACGCCUAUGGUAAAAACGGCUUACGUCGAGUGCGUCCUGUCGACUCUAACCUCAAACACGAUCGCGCAAGCGAAAAUCUUCGCGCCGACUUUGAUGAAGUCCCUGGAAAAAGCGGUUUCGCAGCCUACUCAGUCGGCGAUCGUCACUGAAGGUUUGAGCGCGGCGCUGCUGUUGCUGGCGAUGGCGCAUGCGCAGGUCGACGUCGAAGGAGGCUACGGCGCUUUGUGGAACGCCGCCCUCGAUAUGGACAAGCAGAUAUUUGUUUCCGAGAAGUUCUUGUCUUCUGCUACCAGUGAAGCCCUAGUUCUUGUAAUGCGCCUUGGGGAAAAACUGCUAGUCAACCACCCAGACAAGGUGAAAGACGCCAAAUUCCAACCGCUUUACAAAGCCAUUUUGCACUGCGUAACUCUACAAGACUCCCAAACGAGACGCAAAAACUUGUUGAUCCUCAAGCGAAUGGUGAACGGAUUGGCGGGUCCGGCCAUUUCGAAAAUACUCUUCACCGAACUGCAUCAGCAACUCAGUUUAACAAAAGAAGGAAACGACGCUUCGAACGAAAUUUCCUCGCACGCUCUGAUAGAGUGCAUCGUCACUCUGUGUUCCGCUUCCGGGUUGUCCCGCGAGCACUUGAAAACGUUGGCGUUGCACAGCCUGCUUCCCGCCCACCAUCCCAAGGCAGUGGCGUUCGCGUCGAAUCUGUGGGUCAAAAUACUGAAGCAUCACAAAGUUAAACCGAAAGAUUUGCUGGGCGAACUCGAAGACGAAAUCAGGAGCAUUUUUAUCGAUAACUAUCGAGUUUUGCCGAUGAAAGAAAACGCGGUUGCCACUUUAGCAGAAAUAAACCCGGACAUAAUUUUACCACGCAUAGUAUCCAAAGUGACCACCGAUUUGGAUAACUCAGCUUUCCGUCAAAUCUCCAAGGACGAUUACUUCACCUUUUUGACGCCAGAGGGCGAGUUAUACGAUAAAAGCGUUGUCCCUGGGGACGAUUCCAACGCCGCAAAUAACUUGAAAAGGGAAAGCAAAGCUUACAGUUACAAGGAGCAAUUGGAGGAGCUGCAGUUAAGAAGGGAGUUGGAGGAGAAAAGGAAGAAGGAGGGAAAAGUAAAGCCACCACAGUUUACUCCCAAACAAUUGGAAGCAAUUAAAAACCAGAAAGUGAAGGAGCAAGGAAUCAGAGAUAGAUUAACACAGCUAAACACCAUUUUGAUGAACUGCGUCUCCUUAGUGAGAGCAGCCGCCAAAGGAAACCCAACGCGACUUUCCUUGCACUUUAAAGAGUUAUUGCCGUCAAUUUUAGUGAACUUACAGUCCCCUCUGGCGGCACCAUCGUUAACUAAACUCUUCGCCGACUUAAGACACACAGUAUUUCCCACGGAAGUGGAUCCGUUGGCGGAGUUAAUAAGUUUUGUCACGUUGCGACUGUACAAGCCACAAUGUGACUUGGACGUAAACUGGGAAGAGGAGAAUUUAAAUAAAGCCAUGAUGAGAACUUUGAAGUUGAUACAGGAGAAAACGGUACCGAAAAAACUCGAUGAAGUGAGCGACGCUGAGUGUUUUACCGUGCCAGCUUUUACUUACAGCUUUCCGAUGAUAAAAAGCAGUCUAUUAUCCAACUACGCGAGAAAUCACGACGACGUUAUACACGACGGCUUGCAGAUUAUAAACGAGCACGCCAAGUUGAGGGGUACUGAUAACGGCAACAAGGACGUGAGGCAUCCGCAAUACCUACCAACAGAACAGAUGUUUACGUUGUUGGUCGACAUUAUCAACUCUACGAGUGGUAGAGCGCAGUCGCAGUGCGAAGCCUGUCUGCUAGAGGUCGCUUCAUGCGUCAGCGGAAACGAGGGUUGCGCUAAAGUGACCAUAAAAGAAAUCGACGUCCUUUUAACGGCUCUGCAAAGUCCUUCAGCGGUGGUUCGCGAUGCCGCCUUGAGAUGUCUCGUGAUCGUAUCUUCGGCAUUGCCAACGUACGAAACCGACUACCAGUACGCUCUGAAAGUCAACAAGAGGAUCUGGAUAGCCAAAUUCGAUGAGAAUGAAGAAAACCGACAGCUGGCCGAGAAACUGUGGAACGAGGCAGAGUUGACUUUCUCUCCGACAUUAAGCGGGGAAUUGUUAAGCGACAUUGAACACCCCGUCGAAUGCGUGCAAUCGGCUGCAUCGCAAGCCUUGGCGAAUCUGUUGGAGUCGGAUCUGGAUCAAGUGGAGGCCACGCUUAAGAAGUUGCUGGAGUUGUACAAUAGCAGACUUAAGAUGAUUCCGGCCAGGAUGGACGAAUUCGGUCGCGAAGUGGAAAAAGCUAUCGACACGUGGUUCCCGCGCAGAGGUGUGGCCCUGUCUUUGGCACAGUUGGCACCAUUGGUCACGCCGGACCUGAUCGGCGAUCUGGUGCAAUUUUUCGUGUUCACCUCGCUGGGCGAUCGAAACGAAACGGUGAGAAAAGAGAUGUUGAAUGCCGCGUUGAGAAUUGUCGAUCUGCACGGAAAGGACACUGUAGGUACUCUUUGGCCAGUGUUUGACGAUUUCAUGGGUAAAUCAUCAAAAUCGGCGCACUAUGACGCUGUCAAACAAGCUGUUGUGAUUUUGAUGGGAUCAUUGGCCCGCCAUUUAGACAAAGACGACGUUAGAAUCAAACCGAUUGUCAUGAGACUCAUACAGGCUCUAUCUACGCCAUCUCAAACAGUGCAGGAAUCCGUUGCCAACUGCUUACCCCCUCUGGUGUCUGCGGUCAAAGAAGAGUCCUCGGGUUUGGUCAACAAGUUGCUGCAUCAGUUAUUAAAGGGCGACAAAUACGGCGAACGGAAAGGUGCCGCUUACGGCUUGGCCGGUCUCGUCAAAGGCAUGGGUAUUUUGGCGCUAAAACAAAACGACAUUAUGACGAAGUUAACCGAGGCUAUACAAGACAAAAAGAACUACAAGCACCGCGAGGGCGCUUUAUUCGCCUUCGAGAUGCUCUUCCAGAUGCUGGGCAAACUUUUCGAGCCCUACAUCGUCCACGUCCUACCUCAUUUGCUUCAAUGUUUCGGCGACAGUAGUCAGCACGUGAGAACCGCUGCAGACGAUACGGCCAAAGUCGUGAUGAGCAAAUUGUCGGGUCACGGUGUGAAACUAGUGCUGCCAUCUCUGUUGGAAGCUCUAAAUGGGGAUUCGUGGAGGACCAAGACCGGUUCCGUGGAGUUAUUGGGCGCCAUGGCGUAUUGUGCGCCAAAACAACUGUCUUCUUGUUUGCCCAGCAUUGUGCCGAAAUUAAUUGAGGUUUUGAGCGACUCCCAUAUGAAAGUCCAAGAAGCUGGAGCUGCAGCUCUUAAGGUUAUUGGAAGUGUCAUCAGGAACCCCGAGAUUCAAGCAAUUGUCCCAACUCUUUUGAAAGCCCUUCAAGACCCAUCGAACAAAACCAGCGUUUGCUUGCAAACCCUCCUGGACACCCAGUUCGUGCACUUCAUCGACGCCCCAUCUCUGGCUCUCAUAAUGCCGGUAGUGCAGAGAGCUUUCCUCGACCGUAGCACGGAAACGCGCAAAAUGGCCGCCCAAAUCAUCGGCAACAUGUACUCGCUAACCGACCAAAAAGACUUGAUGCCGUACCUUCCGACCAUCAUCCCCGGACUCAAGACUUCUCUGCUCGACCCGGUACCGGAAGUACGAAGCGUCAGCGCUAGAGCUCUGGGUGCCAUGGUCAGAGGCAUGGGAGAGUCCAGUUUCGAGGACUUGCUGCCGUGGUUGAUGCAGACUCUGACGUCCGAGUCCAGUUUGUCCGAGGUUGUCGGUGGUCUGGGCGUGGAAAAACUGCACAAACUCAUGCCCGACAUUAUAAGCACAGCUGAGAGAACCGAUAUAGCGCCGCACGUGAAAGACGGCUACAUAAUGAUGUUCAUAUACAUGCCUGUGGUGUUCACGAGCGAUUUCACACCGUACAUAGGCCAAAUCAUAACACCAAUACUAAAAGCAUUGGCCGACGAGAACGAGUACGUAAGAGACACAGCCUUGAAGGCCGGCCAAAGGAUUGUCACUUUGUACGCUGACUCGGCGAUAUUGCUGCUGUUACCCGAGCUGGAAAAGGGUUUGUUCGACGAUAACUGGAGGAUCAGAUACAGUUCCGUGCAGUUAUUGGGUGAUUUGCUGUACAGAAUUUCCGGGGUAACCGGUAAAAUGAGUACCGAGACGGCCAGCGAAGACGACAACUUCGGUACGGAGCAAUCUCACCAGGCCAUCAUUAGAUCUCUCGGUGCUGAAAGGCGUAAUAGGGUUUUGGCUGGGUUGUAUAUGGGCAGGUCUGAUGUGGCUUUGAUGGUUAGGCAAGCCGCGUUGCACGUGUGGAAGGUCGUAGUGACAAACACACCGAGGACUUUGCGGGAGAUUCUGCCGACGUUGUUCGGAUUAUUGCUCGGUUGCCUCGCAAGUGAGAGUUACGAUAAGAGGCAGGUUGCCGCACGCACUCUGGGGGAUUUGGUGCGUAAGCUGGGUGAAAGAGUGCUGCCGGAGAUAAUCCCCAUACUGGAGAGAGGCCUGCAGAGCGAUAGAGCCGAUCAGAGACAAGGUGUGUGCAUUGGGCUGUCGGAGAUAAUGACUUCUACAUCCAGAGAUAUGGUGCUCACUUUUGUGAACUCUUUGGUGCCCACUGUGAGGAAAGCUCUGUGCGAUCCGCUACCGGAAGUGCGUAAAGCCGCCGCCAAGACAUUCGACAGUUUGCACUCCACUGUAGGUGCUAGAGCUCUAGACGACAUACUUCCGUCUCUCCUCAAUCAACUGAACGAUGAAGAUGCCGCAGUUGUUGAGUGCACUUUGGACGGCUUAAGACAAGUCAUGGCGAUUAAGUCGCGAGUUGUUUUGCCGUAUUUGGUGCCUCAACUGACUGCACCACCUGCAAACACCAAAGCCCUAUCGAUUUUGGCUUCGGUAGCUGGUGAGGCGCUCAAUAAGUACCUCCCGAAGAUUCUACCGGCGCUGCAGGCUAGUCUAGCUUCGUCCAGGGGAACCCCUGAAGAAACUGAACAGCUUGACUACUGCCAAGCCGUGGUGCUUUCGGUGAUGGACGAGGCCGGCGUUCGUACCGUUAUCGAUACGAUGCUGGAAAACACGCGCGUGGAGAACGAUGACCAACGCAGGGCCGCCGCCACUUUGCUGUGCGGUUUUUGCGCCAACUCGAAGGCCCAGUACCUCGACCACAUACCGCAGCUGUUGAGGGGCUUGAUUUACCUUUGCACCGACAAAGACACCGAUGUGUUGAAGAUGAGUUGGGAGGCACUGACAGCUAUAGUGAAGGGCUUGGAACCAAAACAACAAUCCACUUACGUCUCAGACGUGCGCCAAGCGGUGCGUUACGCCGUAUCGGACAUCAAAGACGGCGGCGCGCUGUUGCCAGGUUUCUGCCUUCCGAAAGGCAUCACCCCGGUGUUGCCGAUAUUCCGCGAGGCUCUACUCAACGGCGACGGCGACGAGAAGGAAGCGGCCGCGUUGGGAUUGGGCGAGAUAAUCAAGGUGACCAGCGCGUCGGCGCUGCAAACGAGCGUUGUUGCCAUUACCGGCCCCCUCAUCCGUAUUCUGGGCGACAGGUUCAGCGCGAACGUCAAGACUGCCGUAUUAGACACUUUGGCUAUUUUAUUGGCUAAAGUUGGCAUCAUGUGCAAGCAGUUCUUGCCGCAGUUGCAAACUACGUUUAUUAAAGCGCUAAACGACCCUAACCGCGUGGUGCGCCUCAAAUCUGGGGCCGCCUUGAGUCACUUGAUUGUCAUCCACCAGAGGGCAGAUCCGCUGUUCACCGAGUUGCAUAACACCGUGAAAAACAGCGAGGAUAUCGCUAUUAAGGAGACUACUUUACAUGCUUUGAGAGGCAUCAUAACUCCAGCAGGCGAUAAGAUGUCCGAACCUGUUAAAAAACAAAUAUACACCACUCUGUUGACAUUCUUAAACCACAGUGAAGAUAAUGUGAGAAAAUGCGCUGCCGGUUGCCUGGGAGCCAUAUGCAAAUACUUACCACCUGAUCAGUUAGAUCCAACGUUCUCAGAACAUAUCCUAAAUGAUGAUGCUUCCCUGAACAACAGCCUAAGAGAAGGUAGAGGUGCCGCUUUAACCGUGGUAAUCAAAGAAUGUCCCGACUUGGUGUGGGACGAACAGUACCGCAAAAAACUCCUACAAACUUUACUGGGACAAAUUUCAUCCACAACCAUAAAUAUCACGAAAAUCGGCAUAAGAUCCAGCGGGUAUCUCCUGCAAUUCCUAAUGCUGAAAAAAGAACCCCUCCCGGCCAGUUUACUCGGGCCUUUCGUCAGGACCAUGAAUAACAGUAACAACGAGGUUAAGCAACUUUUGGCGAGGGUUUGCAACCAUCUCGCGAAAGUUAUCCCACCAGAUCACAUGUCACCAGAUCUGUUGAAGUUACUGUUGCCAACCUUGGUUAAUGGCACUAAAGAGAAGAACAGCUAUGUUAAGGCUAACUCUGAGAUUGCUUUGAUUGCUGUUUUGAAGCUGAAAGAGGGUGAUGCCAUUUGUCAGAGUUAUUUGAAUAUUUUGGACGCCGGCGCAAAAGAAUCGCUUUCGGACGUAGUCAGCAAAGUCCUCAAGAAAAUCCUGACCCAGUCUGAGGGUAAGGAAGAAGAAUUAGAUGACACGCUAUUGACUUGAUUAUUAGGGUUACGCAUUGGUAUAUAUGCAAUAUUUAUUUGCUGUAUUCCUGCGUUAUGGUUUUUAUUGUUUUCGUUUAUUUUUAAUACGUAUUCUUCUACUUUCUACUCCUGCAACUGGACCAUACUUUUAAGUUGUAAACUUUAUUAUGAUUUGGUUCUAAAUGUAAAGUUAAUAAACAAUAAAACAACAAGAAGGUUUAUAAGA